AUGACUGCGUCGCCGCUCGGGGCCGCCCCUCGGCUGGCCUCGGCCUUCCCCGUGGCUCCGCCCCCACGCUUCCGCCGGUGGACGCGCUCGGCGUCCCAGGCUUUCGGGUCUUUCCGGAAGUCUUCGGUGCCCUGUUCCCGAUCUGCUGCUCGUGACUGCUCCUCCCAUCGCUUCGGCUAUUUCCGGACUCCCUCGGCUCGCCUCGGCCUCCCCUGUGGCUCCGCCCCCACACUUCCGCCGGCGGACGCGCUCGGCGUCCUAGGCUUUCGGGUCUUUCCGGAAGUUUUCGGCUCCUCCCACCCUUUCGGCUAUUUUCGUAAACCCUCUUGGGCUCUGCCCGGAGGUCCAGGGGCGGGCGAGGGGAGCCAGGGGCCUGGCAGGAGCCUAGGCUGGGCGGGUCGGGGGAAAGCCGGGGGUCCUGGAGGUCCGAGGGAGCCCGGGAGGCCACGGGGGAGCCGGAGGUCCGGAGGGAGCCGGGGGUCCUGGGAAAUCCGGGGGUCCUGGGAAAUCCGGGGGCCCUGGGAGAUCCGGGGAGAGCCCGGGGUCCCGCAGGCGCCGGGGGCGGGCUGGGCGCCCGGGGUCCCGCCUCCAGGCAGCGGCCGGGGCGGCCGACGUUGCCCUCCACCUGUGGUGCCCCUGUGUGCCUCCGUGUCUUUGCUGGGUGGCCUGACCUUUGGCUACGAACUGGCUGUCAUAUCAGGUGCCCUCCUACCUCUGCAGCUUGACUUUGGCCUGAGCUGCUUGGAGCAGGAACUCUUGGUGGGUAGUCUGCUGCUGGGAGCCCUCCUUGCUUCCCUGGUGGGGGGCUUCCUUAUAGACCGCCAUGGCAGGAAACAGGUCAUCCUCGGGAGCAACGUGGUGCUGCUGGCGGGCAGCGUGAGCCUGGGCUUGGCUGGCUCUCUGGCCUGGCUGGUCCUUGGCCGCUCGCUGACGGGCUUUGCCAUCUCGCUCUCCUCCAUGGCCUGCUUAAUCUAUGUGUCCGAGCUGGUGGGGCCACGGCACCGGGGAGUGCUGGUGUCCCUCUACGAGGCAGGCAUCACUCUGGGCAUCCUGCUUUCCUACGCGGUCAACUAUGCGCUGGCCCGUGCCCCGUGGGGAUGGAGGCACAUGUUUGGCUGGACCGGGGCACCAGCUCUGCUACAAUCCCUCAGCCUUCUCUUCCUCCCCGUGGGCACGCCUGAGGCUGUGGCCCAUAAGGACCUCAUCCCACUCCAGGGAGGGGAAGUCACCAAGCUGGGCCUGGACAGGCCGCGCUACUCCUUCUUGGACCUCUUCAGGGCUCGGGACAACAUGCGAGCCCGGACCAUGGUGGGGCUGGGGCUGGUUCUCUUCCAGCAGCUAACAGGGCAGCCCAACGUGCUGUGUUAUGCCUCCACCAUCUUCCUCUCCGUCGGCUUCCGUGGGGGGUCCUCGGCCGUCCUGGCCUCCGUGUGGCUCGGGGCUGUGAAGGUGGCGGCAACUCUGACCGCCAUGGGGCUGGUGGACCGAGCAGGCCGCAGGGCGCUGCUGCUCACGGGCUGUGCCCUCAUGGCCCUGUCGGUCAGCGGCAUAGGCCUGGUCUGCUUCGUCAUGCCCAUGGACUCGGGCCCGAGCUGCCUGCCCAUGCCCAAUGCCACCAGACUGCCUGGUAGCCCUGGAGACUCCAACCUACAGAUGGCUUCCGCUCCACCUCCAUUGCCAAGAACAGACCUAAGGGAACCAGUCUUGUCAGCCUCUGUGAAAGCCAAACCCCCUCGCAGAGCUGGAGACCCGAUGGCCGCCCCCCUGCUGACCCUGAGUGCUCCCUCCCCGGAGCCCCCUUUGCCUGCCCCUGGACUCGCUCUGCUGCACUGGACCGCCCUGAUCUGCCUGAUGGUCUUCGUGAGCGCCUUCUCCUUCGGGUUUGGGCCAGUGACGUGGGUUAUCCUCAGCGAGAUCUACCCCAUGGAGAUUCGAGGGAGGGCUUUCGCCUUCUGCAACAGCUUCAACUGGGCCGUCAACCUCCUCAUCAGCCUGUUCUUCCUUGAUCUUAUCAAUGCCAUUGGCUUGUCCUUGACCUUCCUGCUCUACGGACUGACCGCUGUCCUUGGCAUGGGCUUCAUCUAUUUAUUCGUCCCUGAAACAAAAGGCCAGACGUUGGCAGAGAUAGAUCAGCAGUUCCAGAGGACGCGGUUCACCCUAGGCUUUGGCCGAGGACAGAGCUCAGCUGCCGUCCAGUACAGCCCCAUCAGGGUCUCCACAGCCUCUUGA